AUGCAGUAUCAUGGAAGACUGGCACUACUGUGGCAUGAUGUCAUCGUGGAGCGUGCUCUUGACACUUUGACCCUGACAUCACGUCCUCAGGCAGUGCAGAGGAAAGCCGCUGUGGUAGACCCCCAGAGUGUGAUCACAGCCAUCGACCACUUCUGCAAACAGAGAAUGGGCCAUGAAUAUGGGCGAGGAGAAAGUGUCAUUACCUUGGAGUUCAACCCAGAUUAUUCUGACACUGCUCGUCAAGUCAUCAGAUGGUCAGGACUGGAGGAGAAGGUGCAGCAAGUGGAGGGAGCCUCAGGAACUUGGAUCCCUCGAUUGAAGGAGCAUUUCGGGGCCCAGGCGUUUGACUUAGUUUUCCUGGACCACUGGAAAGAUCGCUACCUUCCUGACACAAAACUUCUGGAGGAGUGUGGUCUCAUACAGAAAGGCACAGUGAUGCUGGCAGACAAUGUCAUCUGUCCAGGAACCCCUGACUAUCUGUAG